AUGUCAAGAAACUCAGAAGCAUCUACGUGUCAAAUGACAGAGCCAUUUAAUUUUGAAAAAAAUGAAAUCAAGCUUCCAGCACACGAUUCUUUAAGAACUACUGGAGGACAUCAUAACCAUCCUAAUUUCAGGUUGAAAAGUCCAGAGAAUGGAAAUGAAAACAAUUUUUUGCUUUGUGAGCAAACCAGGCCGUAUUUAGUCGGCCAGGAAGACAAUUCAGUGUCUUCAAGUGAAGAUAGCAUCAAUGGUGAAGUGAGUGAAUCCAAGGAGAACGGAAAGGCAGGAAACUCAGUGUCUCCAUUAAGUGUGGGAAAUAAUUCACCCCCCAGAGAAAUACCUACUAAGCCUACCAAUAAUGUGUCUUCUGCAAAGUCAAAAAAAUCACACCAGUUUAAGAAUUCCUUGUCCAUAAGCAAUCCAGCACUUUUCAACUCUUUACGACUUCCUUUUCGCUCCACAACUUGCCAUCGCUGUGGCCUGUUUGGGUCACUGAGGUGCUCUCAGUGCAAGCAGACAUACUACUGCUCCACGGCGUGUCAGCGGAGGGACUGGCCCACCCACAGCAUUGUGUGUAAACCUGUCCAGCCGAAUUUCCGCAAACUUGAAGAUAACAAGCUACCUUUUGAAACAAAUACGGAGGUGCAAAAUGAGAGUGACUGUUCACCUGGGGUUACUAAAGAAAUAGCCAAUGAUGCUGUGAAAAUAAUGUUUUCUGAUUUGAAAAGUUUGCAUCUCAAGACAACCAUGGAAAUAAAGGGAACAGUUACUGAAUUCAAGCAUCCAGGAAACUUUCAUGUACAGCUGUAUUCUUCAGAAGCUUUAAAACACAUGAACCAACUCUCUGUAAGCCUAAAAGAAGCAUAUGCAAAUGUGGUGCCUGAAGAUUAUAUUCCUACUAAGGGAGAAGUUUGUGUGGCCAAGUACACUGUUGACCAGACCUGGAAUAGAGUAGUCAUACAAGAUGUUGAUGUGCCACAGAAGACAGCGCACGUCUCGUAUAUUGAUUAUGGAAAUGAGGAAAUAAUUCCAUUAAACAGAAUUCACCAACUAAGUAGAAACAUUGAAUUGUUUCCUCCUUCUGCUAUACAGUGCUUUGUGGCUGGUGUUAUCCCAGCAGAGGGUGUUUGGAGCGAUGAUUGUAUCAAAACUAUUAAGUCAUUGCUGAUGGAGCAGUACUGCUGUAUAAAGAUUGUUGACAUCUUAAAAGAGGAAAUGGUUACCUAUGCUGUAGAUGUUACCCUGCAAAGUUCAGGAGAACUCUUAGACCAUGUGCUUGUGCAAAUGGGGUAUGGUUUAAAAGCCAAAGGGCAAAAUUCUAAGAAGCAAUGCACAAAUCAAAGUGACCCUGAUGGAGUUGGAAUGAUGGUACCUGUAAACAAAAUUGGUGUAGACAAAAGUGACCUAAUCCCCAAAGUGCUGACUUUGAAUGUUGGUGAUGAGUUUUGUGGUGUGGUUGCCCACAUUCAGACACCAGGCGACUUUUUUUGCCAACAACUACAAAGUGGCCAUAAGCUUGCUGAACUUCAGACAUCCCUUAGUGAGUACUGUAGUCAAGCAUGUCCAAGGUAUAACUUUUAUCCAUCCAUUGGAGAUAUAUGUUGUGCUCAAUUCUCAGAGGAUGAUCAGUGGUACCGUGCCUCUGUUCUGGCCUAUGCUUCUGAAGAGUCUGUAUUGGUUGGAUAUGUCGAUUAUGGAAACUUUGAGAUCCUGAGUUUGACAAGACUUUGUCCCAUAAUUCCAAAGUUGUUGGAAUUGCCAAUGCAAGCUUUAAAGUGUAUGCUGGCAGGAGUCAAGCCAACAUUAGGAAUAUGGACACCAGAGGCUAUUUGUCUUAUGAAAAAAUUUGCACAGAACAAAAUGGUCAUAGUGAAAGUGGUGGACAAACUGGAAAGCAGUUCCCUGGUGGAACUUACAGAUAAAUCUGUGACACCUGUUAUCAGUGUUGCUAAAAUUCUCAUAGAUGCUGGCUAUGCUAUAGAUGAAAAGGAGACAGUGACAGAGAAACCCAGUGACGUGUUUAUUUUCACAGUUUCUUUGGGUACAGAUGAAAAAGUAAAUCCAUUGGAAUGGACAUGGGUUGAACUAGCUGUCGACCAAACAGUAGAUGUUGUGGUCUGUGUGAUGUAUAACCCUGGAGAAUUUUAUUGUCAUAUCUUGAAAGAGCAUGCCUUGGAGAAGCUCAGUGAUUUGAAUAAAUCAUUAGCAGAGCAUUGUCAACAGAAGCUACAUAAUGGCUUUAAGGCAGAAAUAGGGCAACCUUGUUGUGCUUUUUUUGCAGGUGAUGGUAACUGGUAUCGUGCUUUAGUCAAGGAAAUCCUACCAAAUGGAAAUGUAAAAGUACAUUUUGUGGAUUACGGAAAUGUUGAAGAAGUUACUACAGAUGAACUCCGAAUGAUAUCAUCAAAAUUUUUAAAAUUUCCAUUUCAAGGGAUACAGUGCUGGUUAGUAGACAUACAGCCUAGAAACAAAUAUUGGACUAAGGAAGCCAUAGCAAGAUUUCACAUGUGUGUUACAGAAAUAAAACUCCAAGCCAGAGUGGUUGAAAUCACUGAAAAGGGAGUGGGCGUUGAACUCACUGACCUUUCCACCUCAUACCCCAGAAUAAUUAGUGAUGUUCUGAUUAGUGAAAAUCUGGUUUUAAAAGCUGGUUCACCAUCUAAGGAUUUGCCCAAUAACAGACCUGUUAAUAAACACGGUCAUGAAAUUGACACCCAGGGGCUUCAAGCCUUCUCUUCAGCAGAGCAGUGGAAGACGAUAGAACUGCCAGUUAAUAAAACUGUGCGGGCAAGCAUAUUAGAAAUCAUAAGCCCUAACUUGUUUUAUGCUAUCCCAAAUGACGUGCCAGAAAAUCAAGAAAAAUUGUCUAUAUUGACAGCUGAAUUGUUAGAAUAUUGCAGUGCUCAGAAAAGUCAACUCUCUUACAGACCAAGAAUUGGAGAGGCCUGCUGUGCCAAAUACACAAGUGAUGAUUUCUGGUACCGGGCGGUCGUUCUGGAGGCAUCAGAUUCUGAUGUGAAAGUGCUCUACGCUGACUACGGGAACAUUGAAACGCUGCCUCUUUCCAGAGUGCAGCCAAUUGCUGUGAGCCACCUGGAACUCCCUUUCCAAGUUAUCAAAUGUUCAUUUGAAGGGCUGGUGGAAUUGAAUGGAAGCUCUUCUCAGUUAAUAAUAGAGCUACUAAAAAAUUUCAUGUUGAGCCAAAAUGUAAUGCUUUCUGUGAAAAAAAUUAGUAAGAACGUUCACACAGUGUCCGUUGAGAAGUGUUGCGAGCAUGCUGCUGUCCGUGUGACCAGUCAGCUGGUGACCUGCGAUCUGGCAAGGAGCACCACAGCCAGCACUCAGAACGCGCUGCACAAAGAAAAGACACACAGGAUGAAUUGCUGCUGCACGGAGUUACAGGGACAAGUUAAAAAACAUGAGCAGAUUCUGUUCUUCCUCUUGAACAAUCCAACCAACCAAAACAAAUUUAUUGAAAUGAAAAAACUGCUAAAAAGUUAAGAACAGUGCCUUUUGGAAUUAAACCCUGCAGAG